AUGAGAUUCUUGGCUUGUGCAGUCCUGUUGCUUUCAGCAGCAGUUUUGGCUAAUGCAGCAGUUGGACGCAACGAGGAGCAGGAGGCGGGCGCCCAGCAAAGGUACCGAGUGUUCAAGAAAAACGAAGUGGCAAACGGCAAUGUUGAGGGUCGAUCCCUCACAAAUCUGUUGUCCCUCAAGGGCUGCUCAAAUCAAUCAUCAUCACCCACCACCACCACAACAACCAUUACGGGAACACCGACCACAACAACGGGAACUUCGGUCACAACAACAACACCAUCAGUAACUACUUCUCCUACUUCUACCUCAUCAAACCGCUCAUCGGCUCGUGAUCUGAAUAACAUCGAUGACGACGAGUCCGAUGACGAUGAGGAGAACGAUGAUGAGCUCGAUGGCCUCUAUCAGAAUGACAACCAGCACGAUGUCGUUAUCUACGAUGCCGCCAGCUUCGGUGCCAGCCAUCGUGGCUACAAUCGCCCCAACAGCAACCGCAACAGCAACAACAACAACAACGCCGCCGAUAGCACCAGACAGGUAGACUACGAGCUUCUGCGUCGCCAGGAGGAGCAGAACAAACUGUUGCGUCAACGCAUCACAUAUCUGCGCCGCCAGAACGUCCAGAACCGUCGUCGUGCCCAGCGCAAUCGUCGUGCCGAGCGUCGUCGCCAGCAGCAGAGACGUCGCCAAUUGAUCCGCAAGAAUCGCAGCAACAACCGUCGUCGCAUCAGUCGCCGCAAUCGCCGCAACAACCGUCGUCGCAACAACCGUCGCCGCAACUAG